AUGUUUUUUGAGAAACUUAGGAUCUAUAACACAAAGGAAAAGCUAAUUGAGAGAAUAAUUCAGUAUAAGAGGGAGGAGGAGUUAAGAAGAAACAGUCCGAUAAGAGAAAAAAUCAAAAGAACUAGUAUUGAUAAUUACUCAAUAAUUUUAGUAUCAACUUGUUAAACUUAACGAACAGCCUUCAAUUGUAAUAAUAGAAUUUCAGUGUCCCCUAAGAUUUAAUGUAGUUUAGAUAUUGAGAAGAUAAAGAUGCCAUUUAGUUAAGAAAGGGACGGUCAUCUAACUAGGGUGACAGAAAUCCCAGUUAGACAACAGUUUUAUAUUUGAGUUUAUGUGUAGUUUGGCGACUCCUUAACCUCCUCAAAAAAGCAUAAUAGACCAUCUGAACGAGUUGGAAGAAGAAAAGAUGAUAAGGGAGUUGCUUGAUAAUUACAAGCCAGAAUUAUUCGAUGAUAUGAUGGAAAAUGAUAUUCAAGAAAUAGAGAGGUUUAAUGAAGACGCACACGCAAAUUCAAUGAAACAGUUCUCUUAUUAAGAUUACAGUCCUCAAAGAAUGAAUAUGAUAAAAAAGCAUCAACAUCAUCAUCAUAAAUCAAAUUCAACUCGUAAUAACAAUAAUAAUAAAUAUGAUUAAUAACGUUAAUUAUAUUUGUAAUAAUUGGAAUUCAAGGGAGACAUUUAUUAAGAGUAAAAUACGGAUAGAGGAAGAUAUCUAAAAAGGUUUAGAUUAGCUAAGUAAAUUAAUUGUAUAUAUAAUAGCAAAAAUUUGAACAAGGUUUGUUAAGAGGAUUUUAGAAAAGUUGUAAAAUCAUAAAAUAAGCUGGAAGACUUUGCACAAUUCUAUAAAUAACCACCAAAUUUAUAUAUGCAACUAAAUAAGAGUUCACAUCAAUAAUCUAUUUUUUAAAGUGGAUUGGGAUUGGUCCAGUAGUGCAACCACAUCUAAAUAGCUAAUGCAUCUGGCUAGAUUAGAACAAAUUAAUAAGUGAAGGUUUUUUCUGAGGCUUUAAAGACUUCACAAUGUAAGACUUUAACUCAUUUAAAAUUGAGUCACAAUAAACUCAAUUCAUUGAAGUAUUAGACCAAUUUUAAUUUAGGAUUUAAUAACUAACAAAAUCUUUUCCUUAACAUCUUUAAGAAUUAGAUUUAAUGAACAAUGGAUUGGAUUCUAAAGCCUGUUAAUUGUUAUCAAAAUAUAUAUAAAAAUCAGCAAUAAAGAAGGUGAAUCUUGAAAAUAAUCGAAUAGGUGAUUUGGGUAGCAAUGCAUUAUGUUUAGCAAUAUAAGAUCACGAUUAUUUACUUUAUUUAAAUUUAUCAAAAAACAACCUUACUGAACAUUGUACUAUUGAACUUUCUAAUUAUAUAAAGAAAACUUAAGUAUUAUUUGAAUUGUAUCUUCAUUUUAACUCAAUAAAUAGUGCAGGAGGAGUAAAUAUUUGGAAGGCCUUUUACAAGAAUUCUAGUGUGAAAGUUUUUGAUAUUUCUUAUAAUAGAACUGCUUCAUUAGAAUGUGCUUAGUGGAUGGCAAAAGUAAUAAUUAAAUAAUAUCCUGAACUUAUGCAUAUUGAUAUUUCUUAUAAUAAUUUUAAUGAAGAACAAUCUAUUGAAAUAAAGAAGGCAUUGGAUUAAAAUCAGAAUAUUUAUGGAUUUCAUUAUCAAGGAAAUUGCCCAAAAUACUCUGUUGAUUCUACUGGUCAUUUAAGAGACAGAAUCUAAGAAGCAAUUGAUAUUUAAAGAAAAAUUGAAGAAUGUAAAAAAAAUCCUUAAACAACUCUGAAAUUAGUUGAUGAUAAUGAAAUUUAAUCUUUAGAAAUAGAAGACCCUCAUAAUCAUCAUAAUUAUCACCAAUAAAAAAUAAGCAAUUUAUAAAGUGAUGCUGAAUUACAUAGAAACUUCAGAUUUAGAAGAAUUUAAGGUAUGAAACCAAUUAGAUAAAAUUAUGAUAAGGAUAGUGAAUUAGAUUCUUGUUGGAUUUGUGAUGGUUGGUAAGAAGUUAAAUUUACAUGGACUCCAGGAAAGUCAGGAGGAAUGAACAAUGAUCCAAUAUUUGUACAUUUAAACUUUGAAAGUUAUAAACCUAUUCUCAUGACAUUACAUAAUGGAGAAUAUUCUGCAUAUCGAAUGUGUCCUCCAAAUUAUAAGGUUACUUAUUUUUUUAGUAAUCCUGUUUUAGGAAUUCAAACAACUGCAAAAAAUUAAAUGAUCACUUAAACUCCCUCAGAUGAUCCAUUAUAUCAAACUAAAUAAUCAUUUUUAUAUAAUGGAGAUAUAUUAAUUGAAGGUAAUAGGAUGGGUUUUGUGAAUGAAAUGUUUACUGAAGAUAAAUAAUCAAUUAUGGAUAGAUAUUUUGCUAAAAUCUUUAGUAAACCAAGAGAAGAGGAAAAAACCUUUGAUUUAACUAAGUUUCUUACAAAAAGAGAAAAAUAAUUUUGGAGUUAUGAACUUUCAAUCUUUAAGAAUUAUCAACCUGACAAUGAAGAAAUAAUAGAUGAAUGUUUUGAAUAUGAUUAUGGAAGCUCAAAAAUCAAUAAAAUAAUUAAAGAUCCUUUAGAAUAUAAUGAAGUGAAAGAAGUAAUGAGAGAAUAUUAUCCAUAUAUUUUUGCAUCCUAUAAAUUUUAUGCAUCCACACUUAUAGGUGCUACGAUUCCUUGUAUUUCAUCAAAUGCUUUUUUUGAUUUAAUUAAUUCAACUAGUGUAAUAUCAGAUAAAUUUAGAACUGGUGAUGUUGAUUUAAAUUUCAUUUCCACUUCAAAUGUAAAAGAUAUUAAUUAUCCUAAUGUAUAUGAGAAAGCAUUAGUUAGAUAUUAAUUGAUGGAAUUAUUGGUUAGAAUAGCAGUUGAUAAAUAUAUAAGAACCUAAAUUUGUAAAUCAGUUAAAGAGAGUUUGAGAAAACUAUUUGAAGAGGAUGGAGUUAAAUUAAAAUUAUUAGAGAUAGAUCGUAGCCAAGAUUGGAGAGAUAUGCGAUACUGGAAUGAAUAAUGUGAUACGCUUUUAAGUAAUUUUAUUAUUCAAUAUAUUUAGAGGAUAGAUUACCUAUGUUAAAAAUGUUAUUCAAAUUUACUUCAAAAUUAAAUCCUAAAUAAAAAUAUUACAAACAUUUAUGGCUUCAAUUUAAAGACUUUAGAGAUUUGAUUAAUAAAUGCGAUUUAUAUUGUGAUAUAUUUGUUGAAAGAGAUGCUUAUUUAGUAUUCUUAUUAUCAAUGUAAACUUCAGUUGAUGAAUUGUUCUUGCUUAAACAUUUUCAGAUGGAAUUCUAUGAAUUCUUAGAAGCACUCGCCAGAUGUGCUGAGAAGUUAUCAUUAAUUAGAACUUAAGAUUAAUUAGGUAUUGAUGAGAGAAGACAAUAACCAUUAUUCAAAAAAUUAGAUGCUCUCACUUACCUUAUAUAUGUUAGAUUAGGAGAAUUUAUAAAGUCUUAUUUUAAAGAUUCAGAAGAUCUUUCGGAUUUCGAUAAGUGCAUGUAAAAAUAAUAUGGAUAAGUUAUCAAAUAACCAAAUCCUGAUGAAGAGGAAGAAGUAGAAAAAUUGACACCAUAAUAAGAAGAGAAGAUACUUGAAGAAUAAUUAAAAACUAUUGUAGUUCCCCCUUAAAUUACAGUGGUAAUUGAUCUAAUUAAAUAAUAAGGUUUAAUAAAAUAAGAAAACCACUGGAAUGACAUUUUUGUAAGUCAUUAAAUAGGCUUAACAAUAAAAACAGUUAAAGAACCUAUUCAAUUUGACCAAUGUAGUUUAAUACUUUAGAUUAAAGGAAGAAGAAUAAUUAAAAUGA